CCCGCCCCCACUCGCACAGCUGGCCGGGGCGCUUCCCGUGAUGCAGUGCGGCGGAGCCCCGGGGACCCCGAACCCCCAGACCGGGCCCCAGCGGCAGCCAUGAGCGGCGGAGGGGGGAGCAGCUCGGCCCCGGGCCGGUUCGCCGAUUACUUCGUCAUCAGCGGGCUGGACACGGACACCGGGCUGGAGCCGGACGAGCUCUCCGCGCUAUGUGAGUACAUUCAGGCUUCUAAAGCCGGCGAAGGGGUCGGACGUUUCAUUCCCAGCAGCGCUGAAGGAGAGAAUUUCGAGCAGACCCCCCUCAGGCGCACUUUCAAAUCCAAGGUCCUGGCGCAUUACCCCGAAAAUGUGGAAUGGAACGCCUUCGACCAGGACGCGGUGGGCAUGCUAUGCAUGCCCAAAGGAUUGUCCUUCAAGACGCAGUCAGACCCCCGGGACCCUCAGUUCCACUCGUUCAUCAUCACUAGAGAAGAUGGCUCCCGGACCUUCGGCUUCGCCCUCACCUUCUUCGAGGAGGUCACCAGCAAACAGAUCUGCAGCGCCAUGCAGACGCUCUACCACAUGCACAACGCCGAAUACGACAUCAUUCACAUAUCGGCCACCAACGGCAGGGACGACCCCGACUGUGCGGAGGACUGCAACGUGACGAAGUUACAGCGCUUCAACUCGUACGACAUCUCGCGGGACACGCUGUACGUGUCCAAGUGCAUCUGUCUCAUCGCGCCCAUGUCCUUCAUGACGGCCUGUAAGAAGGUGCUGGAGCAGCUUCACCGGGCCGUGACCUCCGCCCAGCCUCCGCCACUGCCUUUGGAGAGCUAUAUCUAUAACAUCCUCUAUGAGGUGCCUCUCCCCCCGGCCGGCCGCUCCUUGAAGUUUUCGGGGGUCUACGUCCCCAUCGUCUGCCAGCGCCCGAGUACCAACGAGUUGCCGCUCUUUGACUUUCCCGUCCAGGAGGUCUUUGAGUUACUCGGCGUGGAGAACGUUGUCCAGCUCUUCACGUGCGCCCUCCUCGAAUUCCAGAUCCUGCUUUACUCUCAGCAUUACCAGCGGUUGAUGACCGUGGCGGAGACCAUCACCGGCCUGAUGUUUCCGUUCCAGUGGCAGCACGUGUACGUGCCGAUCCUCCCGGCCUCGCUGCUUCACUUCCUAGACGCUCCCGUCCCGUACCUCAUGGGCUUGCACUCCAACGGGCUGGACGACCGGUCCAAGCUGGAGCUGCCGCAGGAGGCCAACCUCUGCUUUGUGGACAUAGACAACCACUUCAUCGAGUUACCCGAAGACCUGCCUCAGUUCCCGAACAAGCUGGAGUUCAUCCAGGAAGUAUCCGAGGUGUUGAUGUCCUUUGGAAUCCCCCCCGAGGGUAACCUGCACUGCAGCGAGAGCGUCUCCAAGCUCAAGGACCUCAAAGCCGCCGACCUCGUGUCCGACAAGAAGAACGGCAACCUGGCGGGGACCGCGUUAAACUCCUUCGAGCUCCUGAAGGAGAACGAAACUCUAGCUCGGAUACAGGCUCUGGUGAAGAGGACCGGAGUGAGCCUGGAAAAGGGGAGUUCUCGUUCCGCCGGGGUGGAGGUUAAAGAGGAGUCGAGCGGCAGGAAGGACGGGACGGCGCAGUGUGACGAGCGUGAGCUUCGCGUCCAUCGGCUGAACAUCCACGUGCGCGAGGUCUUCGCCAGCCGCUUCACUCAGAUGUUUGCCGACUACGAGGUGUUUGUGAUCCAGCCGAGCCAAGACAAGGAGUCCUGGUUCACAAACCGGGAGCAGAUGCAGAACUUCGACAAAGCGUCCUUCCUUUCCGAUCAGCCCGAGCCGUACCUGCCGUUCCUCUCCCGUUUCCUGGAAACCCAAAUGUUUGCGUCUUUCAUCGAUAAUAAAAUCCUUUGCCACGACGACGACGACAAAGAUCCUGUUCUGCGGGUCUUUGACAGCAGAGUCGAUAAGAUCAGACUGUUAAACGUCCGGACGCCGACCCUCCGCACCUCCAUGUACCAGAAAUGCACCAGUAUCGAAGAAGCAGUAAAAGCGAUCGAGUUGCGUCUGUCGAAGAUCGAUCACACGGCGAUUCACCCGCACCUCUUGGACAUGAAGAUCGGGCAGGGCAAGUACGAGCCGGGCUUCUUCCCCAAGCUUCAGUCUGACGUCCUUUCCACCGGGCCGGCCACCAACAAGUGGACUAAGAGGAACGCCCCGGCGCAGUGGAGGAGGAAGGACCGGCAGAAGCAGCACACGGAGCAUCUACGGCUCGAUAACGACCAGAGAGAGAAAUACAUCCAGGAGGCCAGAAAUCUGGGCAGUACGAUUCGGCAGCCCAAGCUCUCCAACCUGUCGCCCUCCGUCAUCGCCCAGACCAACUGGAAGUUUGUGGAGGGUCUGCUGAAGGAGUGCCGCAAUAAGACCAAGAGGAUGCUGGUGGAGAAGAUGGGCCGGGAGGCCGUGGAGUUGGGUCACGGCGAGGUGAGCAUCACCGGCGUGGAGGAGAACACGCUGAUCGCCAGCCUCUGUGAUCUCCUGGAGAGGAUCUGGAGCCACGGCCUGUUGGUGAAACAGGGGAAGUCCGCCUUGUGGUCUCACCUACUGCAUUAUCAGGAGAACAGGAGAAGAAUCGCCGGAGGAAGCGUCGGCACCUCGGAGAUCUUUCUAGAUUCAGAGAGGCGUAGAUCUGACCCGAACCCCGUGAUGCCCCCUCUAAAGAUCUCCUUGGUGCAGGACAUGCGGCAUAUCCAGAACAUCGGAGAGAUCAAGACAGACGUGGGGAAGGCCCGGGCCUGGGUGCGACUCUCCAUGGAGAAGAAGCUUCUCUCUCGGCAUCUCAAGCAGCUCCUCCUGGACCACGAGCUCACUAAAAAACUCUACAAGCGAUACGCCUUCCUGCGCUGCGACGAUGAGAAGGAGCAGUUCCUCUACCACCUGCUGUCCUUCAACGCCGUCGAUUAUUUUUGUUUCACGAACGUCUUCACCACGAUCUUGAUCCCGUAUCACAUUCUGAUCGUCCCCGGUAAGAAGCUGGGGGGCUCCAUGUUCACAGCCAACCCCUGGAUCUGCCUGUCGGGGGAACUCGGGGAGACGGGGGUCCUGCAGCUUCCGCGGAACGUCUUUGAAACGACUCACGAGUGCCAAAACCUCGGGAAACUGACGACGGUGCAGAUCGGGCACGACAACGCCGGGCUGUACGCCAAGUGGCUCGUGGAACACGUCAUGGUGCGGAACGAGAUCACGGGGCACACAUACAAGUUUCCUUGCGGCCGCUGGCUGGGGAAAGGAAUGGAUGAUGGGAGUCUGGAGAGAGUCUUGGUCGGAGACUUACUCACGCCUAAUACAGAGACGGAGGAGAGGCCCUGCCGGACGCCCCCGUUACAGCACUCCCCGGGCAUGAUCCGGAGGCUGGUCGCCAUCUCCCCCAGCAGCAGACCCAAAUUUAAUACGGGGCAGAUCCAGGAGGCGACCGGCGAGGCGGUGAACGGCAUCGUGAAGCAUUUCCACAAACCGGAGAAAGAGAGGGGCAGUUUAACGUUACUGCUGUGCGGAGAAAGCGGUCUGGUGGCCGCUCUGGAGCAAGUCUUCCAACACGGCUUCAAGUCUCCGCGGCUCUUCAAAAGCAUCUUCAUCUGGGACUUCUUAGAAAAAGCACAAGCACAUUACGAGGCCCUGGAGCUGAACGAUUCGCUACCGGAGGAAGACUGGCGGAAAAGAGCCCGCAAUUUCUGCCGUUUCAUCAGCGCCAUCAACGGCACCCCGAGAAACAUUGGCAAGGAUGGCAAGUUUCAGAUGUUCGUUUGUUUAGGAGCUCGAGAUCACUGUUUGCACCACUGGAUCGCUUUGCUGGCGGACUGUCCCAUCAUAGCACAAAUGUACGAAGAAACGGCGUUAAUCAAGGACCAUUCGCUGGUGAAUUCCUUAAUCCGCGUCUUACAGACGCUCCAGGAGUUCAACAUCACGUUGGAAAGUUCUCUCAUCAAAGGAAUUAACAUCUGAUCCUGACUGAAGCCGUGGCGGGGUUCAUACACGGCCCCCGAGCAGCGAGCGACCCCCCCCCGCGCGCUGGACGGGACCGCCG